CAUGAUCUCCAACAGAUCUCAUUCGUAUAGGAAGAAUGACUCAUUAAAACUUUAACCAUUAAGUCCAUGUGAAUCUCAUCUACAAGAAUCAGAAUACAAAUAUUUGCCUUUGAUCACAAGAGUUAGUUAAGAACAAUUUGACCCAAAGUGGUAGGAAUGCAAAAUAGACGGCAAAAACCUCCUACCGAGAUCAAGCUCAGCAAUAACCAUCCUAAACAAUCAGUAAAUUAAUAUAAUAACUCAGUUUAUAUUUAUAUGGUGGGUAUUAGUAUGCAAUUGGGAUUAUGAAAGACUUUUACAAACUUAAUCUGAGUGCUCCAACCUACGUGUGGUAGAAUAUUAAAUGUGAUUAUGAGCCAGGACCUCGUUGCAGACAUUCAAUUUGCAGUUAUUAAGAGAAUAUUUACAUAUUUGGUGGAUAAGUGGCAGAUUCGAUAUCAACAAAUGAAAUUUUCAUUCAUGACGUCAAAUAGCAAUAAUGGAAAAAAUUAAAAGUUAAUAAAACCUAUCCAUAACCUCUGGAUAAUCAUUGUGCAACAUUAUAUGAAGAUCAAUGGAUUAUUUUUGGAGGUUUUUACAACGGCGAUUAGUGUAAACACUCUAAUGAUUUACUCAGCUAUAAAUUUAGAGAGAAUAGAUGGGUCAAGUUAAAUAAAGCAAAAGGAAUAGAGCCUUCCCCUAGAGAUGGAAGUUCUAUGACUAGUCUUAACAACAGUGUUUAUAUAUUUGGAGGUAAAAAUGGGGAUCUCAUGUGUGAUGACCUUUGGCAAUUCAAUAUGUUAAGUCAAGAAUGGAGAUAGAUUACCACUAGCAGGCUAAAUGACCCUCCAAAGAAAAGAUCAGGACAUUCACUAAUUUCUUAUUAGAAUAAUUUAAUCCUUUUCGGAGGUAUUCAUGACGUGACAUGGGAACUUGAUGAUUUGCAUUGCUUCAAUCUGGAUCUCUAAUAAUGGAAAAUCAUUAAUGAUGAUACUUCCAGAGGAAAGGAACAAGAAUUACAUUCCCCUCCAAAAACUAAUAGAAAUCCACCAAGAAAAAGAAAACCUUAGAAAUUACCAAUCUUGCUUAGACCAUUAAGUCUGAGAAAAUCGCCAUGUCCUUCGCCUAAGAAACUUCAUUCUUUUUCGUAAUCAUAACAUUCCUCUUAUUCUACUAACAAUUAGAACAAUUAUGCUAGUUCUGAUCUAAGUCAAUGUUAAAGUAACUUGAAUAAUUAAAAUAAUGCAACUGUUCAAACUUCUUUAAAUAAUGUGUAGGAAAGAAAAAGAUGGGAGGAAUUAAAGAAAAAGACGGCCAUGUUGAAAUUAUUUGAAGUUGAAAACAGAGAAAUUAUGAACUUUUAAGACGAUUGCAAUGUUGCUGAAAAAUUAAAAACAUCUAUUAUUUUGAUUGGCAAUCCUAAAUAAGACUUGAAACUAAAAAAAGGAAUUUUAACCGAAUUUGGAUAAUAAAUCAUAUCCAAGUAUUGAUUAUUUGUUAUUCUAUUCUAGAUUUCUUUAACCAUUAACAGGGGGAUAGAAUACCAUAAAUGGCAAGAAACCUUGUGCAAGAGAUGGACAUUCAGUGGCUGUAUUUAAUGAUUCUAUGAUUCUAUUCGGAGGAGAUAGACAUACGAUGUCUUUUAACGAUUUGUAUUUAUUGAACAUGAAUCAACUUUGA